AUGGUCGUGUGGCCGACGUUAGCGAGACGGCGUGGGACCAGCGCAGAUGCUCGUCGCCGUGUGAGCGUCAUCCCGCCCGGCUCGGUCGUGCAACUCAAACACGCACAACAGCGACGCAAACCGUGCGAAACGCAUCGCAGCGCGCGGCUUCGUCCGCGACACGCACGCACGCACUCCGCGAGUGAGUGGACCCGCGCGGUGCUCACCGAUCACAAAGCGAUAUACGAGGCCAGCUGCGCGUCGGUUUAUGGCCUUGUAGUAAAUUCUUUUGUAGAGGUCGAACACUGCUGGGAUCCAUAUGAAACAUGUCACAGGAGACAAUUCGUCUACCAUCCAAACUCGGCUGCAGAGAUUCUGCUGUGCCCAGGGUCAACAUCAUUUGUAGACCCUCAUUCGCAGUCUGGACCUUUAGGUUCAACUGUGUACAAUGAGGAGUUUUGCUGGAAGACUGCCUGUAAACCUGAAUGCAUUCAAACAGGAACAGCCUCAGGACAGAGGAGAAACAACCCGCAUCCCAGUCAGUCCUUCAUGAUGUGGAGGCUGCCCAUGGAUGCCACACAGAGCCCUGAGUAUGUCAGGUUCCCUCUGACAUGUCCCCCAUCUGAGGGGGACAUCUGUAAGGCCAUGACAACACAGUACCGCUCCACCUACAGAUGUGACUUCACGGGUUUGCCUCAAGGAUGUAAUUACGUUAAUAAUGCAAAAGGACGACUUGCACCUCUGCCCAGCAGGCAUCACGUGCCACUCUCUACUGACACAGAGAUGAGGGACAAUUAUCGCCGGCCAAAGCAAAACCCUGAACUGAUGAGUAACCACUCUCACUACUGCAACAACACACGCCCUAAUGUGGCCCGCCGUGGUAUAGUUCCAACUGUUGUUCAAAGACAGGUCCACACUAAGCAGAAAGGAUCCGAUGUGACGACCUACGACAGGUUUUAUGGAAAGAGAGCCACGAACAUCACGUCUGUAGUAAAGUCUCUGCUGCCCCAGGAGCUGCAGCACUUACACAGAAUUUUACCUGUGGGAGAAAGGGAAGCUGUCAAAACAGUUUUGAGUAAAAAGGAUUAUUCAAACAAUCGGGAGAAAGCGAAUAAACUUCCAACUGUUGUGAGUAAGUCCUGUUCACCAGAGUGGAUAUCAAGUUGGCCAGGACCUCUCUGAUCCUUAUUGCUUAAGUUUGUGUAUCUGUGUUUGUAUUUCCAUCAUAUCAUAUCAUUUCAUAUAAACUCUCACAUAAUCAAUUUGCAUUUUUGUGUGUACUGUGUGUGUGGUGAUGAUUAAACUGCUCCUUGGGUCGGAAA